CCCGGACCAUUGAGUGUGUAACACAAGUUGUGAGUAAACGUUCCUGCUGAGCAUACACGUGAUUCUCCGUGUCUUUAUUAAUGAUCGUUAGGGUGCUAACGUAACAGUAGAUGAUCAGAGUAAAGUUGUAAAGACGUCAGCGCUGAGUUGAGUUUUCCCUCUGUGACUCUUGGAUGUGUGUAAGAUGGCCGGGUUUAAGGAUCUUAAAGAGUUAUUCAGUCGACGGCUGCUCGCUGCGGUUAUCAGAGAUAUAACAGAAGAAAGAACAACAAGUGGAUACGAAGAGGAGCUCCACCGACAAAGAAAACUGCUGGAUGUGAUUUUAACUCCUGAAAUCAAGCUACAGAGAACAGAUGUCCAGCAGCUGUUGGUGAGUAAAGAAGAGCUUCCACCUGAGCAGCAGGAGUGGAGCCACAUUCUGGACCAGGAGGACACUAAGCCCCAACACAUUAAAGAAGAACAUGAGGAACUGUGGAGCAGUCAGGAGGAAGAACAGCUUCAAGGACUGGAGGAGGCUGAUACCGCCAAGUUCCCCUUCACUCCUGUCUCUGUGAAGAGUGAAGAUGAUGAAGAGAAACCUCAGUCCUCACAGCUUCAUCAGAGACAAACUGAACAGAUGGAAACAGGAGUUGAUGGAGAGGACUGUGGAGGAGCAGAACCAGAAAGGGACUUAGAUCCAGAGAGACGUUUACAACCAGAGACUGAGGUCGAGACUGAAGACUCUGGUGAACCUGAGACUGAUGACAGUGAUGAUUGGAAAGAGACAAGAGAAGAUCUGUCAGAAUUAAACUUGACAAAUAAGAAACUAAAGACUGGUAAGAGACCACACAGCUGCUCAGAGUGUGGUAAAAGGUUUAACCGAAAAGGGAAUCUGACAAAACACAUGUUAGUUCAUACAGGAGAGAAACCCUUCAGCUGCUCUGUUUGCAGUAAAAGCUUUACCCAAAGAGGAAAUUUGACCACACACAUGUUAGUUCAUACAGGAGAGAAACCCUUCAGCUGCUCUGUUUGCAGUAAAAGCUUUACCCUAAGAGGAAGUCUGACAAAACACAUGUUAGUUCAUACAGGAGAGAAACCCUUCAGCUGCUCUGAGUGUGGUAAAAGGUUUAACCGGACAGAGUCUCUGACCAGACACAUGUUAGUUCAUACAGGAGAGAAAGCUUUCAGCUGCUCUGUUUGCAGUAAAAGCUUUACCCAUAGACAAAGUCAGACCACACACAUGUUAGUUCAUACAGGGGAGAAAGCCUUCAGCUGCUCUGUUUGCAGUAAAAGCUUUACCCAAAGAGGAAAUUUGACAAAACACAUGUUAGUUCAUACAGGAGAGAAACCCUUCAGCUGCUCUGUUUGCAGUAAAAGCUUUACCCGAAGACAACAUCUGACCACACACAUGAUGAUUCAUAUAGGAGAGAAAUGCUAAUCCUGUGCAAUGGCAAAACUGAUCCAAAGGAUUCCAACUUAACAUCACUAAUGUGUAUAUAAGACAAGAAAGAGAUAAAAGACAUAAAUCUGUCUCUACUUUUUUGACAUUGAUGUUUUGUUGCUGACAUAUGAACCAGUAAGUUGGGAUCAGCUAUGACGUUUGAAUUUAAAGUGUUUAUAUGAAACAGUGACAGUGUAAGGAUUCUUCUUCUCUCCUGAUAUCUUCUUUCUGUCACUCUGUUUCCUUGGAUGCCUCUGUGUUGGGUAGCAGAAGUUCUUCAGACAGCUCACGUGUAACCUUGUAAUAAAUAAACUGAUGUAGAGUGAGAAAGA